AUGGACCCCAUAGAAAUUUCUAUGGGGUCCAAUGUGUCAGUCUUUCUCUUGGGGUGUCUGGUUUUAGUAUUUCAUCACCAGGGUCUUUUCGUUUUGAGUUGCUUAUACACUAAAUUUUGUUAGUAGUGAGUGAGAGGAAAAUUGAUGGAGGAAUUUCAAGGAGGAGGAGGAGGAGGAGUUGGAAAUGUCCCAGUGAGUUCCCAACAGAUUAUAGAUGGUCCUGACAUUAGAAAUGGAGGGGGAAAUGGAGGUGGAAAUGGAGGUAAUUUGAUUGGUAACUCCAAUGAGCUUGAGCUACAACUUGAAUUUGACCCUGAACUCGAUUUGGCUACAUUACUUAAGAGAUGGAAAAACAUUGAUGAUGCUUUUCUUGAACUCCAAGAAAUUCUUGAAGCUCCAGUUCCUAAUAACAUUGUUCAGGACCAUGUUGCUUCAUCUGAGGAUGGGAAGUUGGUUGCAGUGAUGAAGGAAUUAAAUGCAACUCCUAAUAACAUGGUUCAUGACCAUGUUGUUUUAUCUGAAGGAUAUGGUGUGUUGUCGGAGGAGGAGGAAGACCUUGGGUAUUUUCCUCCUCCUAGUGCUGUUUUCACUACUGAUCCAAAACCUCGUCUUCGGUGGACCCCUGAACUUCAUGCAUGUUUUGUUAGAGCUGUUAGACAGCUUGGUGGAUCCAUAAAAGCAACUCCAAGGUCUAUUCAGUACGUAAUGGCUGUUAAAGGUUUAAAUCUUUUCCAUGUGAAGAGCCACCUCCAGAAAUACAGACAAGGUCGACAAACAGUCAGGGGGUGGAGUCGGAUCAUAAAAAAUGGUAAAAGCACAAAAAGUUAUGGAGUCUCAGUAAGGUCAAGCAACCCUCAGAGCUUAUCACCAGUCAGCAAAAAAGAUUCCACGCGCAGUAAAUCCAAAGGCAAAGCAAAAGCCAAAAAAGAUAAUCAAGGCAGUCCUAAAAUGCAAAUGCAGUCUUCGGGAGGUGCAACCAUGGCCAGCGGAAGCUACAAUAGCCAAAAUCCCUCUAGUGCAGGAAUUGGUGCAACUAUAGCCAGAGGAAGCUACAUCAGCCAAAACCCUACUAGUGCAGGAACUAGUGCAACUACUAACAAUGGAAAUUACUUCGUGCCAAACCCAACUAGUGUAGGAAUUGGUGCAACCAUACCCUGUGGAAGCUACUUUGGCCAAAACCCACCUAGAGUGGGAAUUAGUGCAACUAUACCCAGUGGAAGCUACUACUGGCAGAACCUCCCCAGAGUAGGAAUUAGAUCAACCAUACCCCGUGGAAGCUACUUCGGGCAGAAUCUCACUGGUGUAGGAAUUAGUUCAACUAUACCCCGCGGGAGCUACUUCAGGCAGAAUCCCAGUAGUAUAGGAAUAAAUGCAUCUAUAGCCAGUGGAAGCUACUACGAGCAGAACUCCACUAGUGGAGGAACUAAUGCAACUGUAGCCAGUGGAAGCUACUUCCCUCACAACCCCUCUAAUGUUGGAACAAAUGCAAGUAUAGCCAGUGGAAGCUACUUCCGUCACAACCCCUCUAAUUGUGGAACAAAUGCAAGUAUAGCCAGUGGAAGCUACCUCUCAGGUGAUGGAAUCAAUGCAACUAUAGGCAGUGGAAGUUACCCCCCUACUGUUGGAAUUAUAGCACCGAGGCCAACUUUCUCCCGAAAUCAGCUAAAUAUACAUAAUGAAUAUAAUUCAAUGGAGGCUGGCAGGGCACAAACUUCAGCUCAACAGCGAAGUCGGAGCUCUCAAGCUCCAUUUGCUGCCGGUCCUCAAGGCCAGUUCCGUUCACCCAUGAAUUCAGCAAGUUCAUCUCGGCAACGUUUCAAUGCAAAUCCUGGACAAGCAAGUAGAAGGGUGCGGAUGUGAUGUCAAAGCAUCCUGGAUAAUGCCCCUGUGAAUGCCUCUCUGAAUCAUGAUUACAGCAUUCCAGCUAUCCAGGAUAACAACUAUUGUUCCUUCAACCACAAUGAUUGUGGUGCUGGGACUCCUAAAUAUCGCAACAAGAUCGACGGGUGCAGGUUGGUUUAGAGAGGCUAACCUUUGGUGUUGUCUGUAAAUAUAAAAUAAAGCGUCUAAACUUUGACCCCCACCCCUCGUGUAAAACUUUCAGCAGUGAGCUUUCUAUGUUUUCUCCUACCUCUGUUUCAUGUGGAUGCUUUUCAUGCUUAAGUAGGGCUUUCAGCAGUUUUCUAUUA